CCCCUUUUUCUCCUUUUUUUUUUUUUUUUUUUUUUUUUGGUCCCCGAGCUCCGCCACUACUCUCCUUGUUUGUUGUUGCUGCUUCGGGGGUGAAGGCGCACAGGAGAGGCGACAAUUGAUGCUGCUCAGAGGCGCAUGAGGUGUUGAUGAGACUUAACGCAGAGCAACACCUUGCUUGCCAUGGAAGUGUGUGUCCAGUAUAGAGGAACGUUCGGGUCGAGAGUGGGACCUGCCGCCUGAUAACCAGCCUCUGUCCCAGAUAAGGGGAGCAUGCUUCAGACCUACAGACUCACUCUCUUCGCCACAGAGGAGUUCCCAUCAGACUGUCUUUCCACAAUUUGACAUUUCUUUUUUUACGAUCCACAUUUCCUUCCUACUGACUUCAUUUCAACAUUGUUUGGCUUCACUGCUUUUCAAAAAGGUGCGAGGAUCAAUGAUGAGCAUCCCUGAGACGAACUGGCUUGGACUUUCUUAAUCAGAACCUUUUAGUCACAACACGACCCUGCCACAAACCAUCAGCACAAGGCACCAUGGCAUGCUCCAUGCGGAAACUGCACACCUUCUGCUGGUUUCUCAUUACAUUAGCCCAAGUACACUCCACAGAGGGGUUUAGUCGAGCUGCUCUGCCAUUUGGCUUGGUACGGAGAGAGCUUUCUUGUGAGGGUUACCCCAUUGAUCUGCGAUGUCCAGGAAGUGAUGUCAUAAUGAUUGAAAGUGCCAACUAUGGUCGAACGGAUGACAAGAUCUGCGACGCCGACCCUUUCCAGAUGGAGAAUAUCAACUGCUAUCUUCCAGAUGCCUACAAGAUCAUGUCACAAAGAUGCAACAAUCGGACGCAGUGCAUUGUGAUCACGGGUACAGAUGUCUUCCCCGACCCCUGCCCAGGGACCUACAAGUACCUGGAGGUCCAGUAUGAGUGUGUGCCCUACAGUCCAUGCCCAACCAGAAUAGGACCAAGAACACAGAAUGUAUCGUAUCGCACCUGCCCCGAAGUGGAACAAAAAGUUUUUCUUUGUCCUGGGACUCUGAAAGCAAUCGGUGAUCCAUCCUUUCUAUUUGAAGCGGAGCAACAAGCUGGCGCCUGGUGCAAAGACCCACUGCAAGCCAGUGACAAAAUCUACUUCAUGCCUUGGACUCCUUAUAGGACAGACACUCUCAUUGAGUAUUCCUCACUGGAAGACUUCCAAAAUGCCCGGCAAACCAUCACCUACAAACUACCCCACCGGGUGGAUGGGACUGGAUUUGUCGUCUACGAUGGAGCUGUGUUUUUCAACAAGGAGCGUACCCGCAACAUUGUGAAGUUUGAUCUGCGGACUCGAAUCAAAAGCGGGGAGGCGAUCAUCAACAAUGCCAACUACCACGACACGUCACCCUACAAGUGGGGUGGUAAAACAGACAUUGACCUUGCGGUAGAUGAGAAUGGGUUGUGGGUGAUCUACGCCACAGAGCAAAACAAUGGCAUGAUGGUCAUCAGUCAGUUAAACCCUUACACACUGCGUUUUGAGGCGACCUGGGACACGGCCUAUGAUAAGCGCUCAGCCUCCAAUGCCUUCAUGGUUUGUGGAGUACUGUACGUGGUUCGCUCCACCUAUGAAGACAAUGAAAGUGAGGUCAGCAAGAGCCUCAUUGAUUACAUUUACAAUACUAAACAGAACCGUGGGGAAUAUGUUGAUAUCCACUUUCCCAACCAGUACCAGUACAUUGCAGCUGUGGAUUACAAUCCGCGAGAUAACCAGCUCUAUGUUUGGAAUAAUUUUUACAUCCUGAGAUACAAUCUGGAGUUUGGCCCACCUGAUCCAGCACAUGCUCCACCACCACUGUCAGAAGUCACCACGUCCCCUCAGCCUCAGAGAACUACGACUAUCACCACAACAACCACAGUGCACCGGGGUGUGGCCAACACUACCACCACAACAGGGCUCAAGGAGGGCAGCAGGGGAAUGCCAAAGCCGCCUCCUGUGAUUCCACAGACUACUUCCCCUCCAACCCUUGAGUCCUACCCUCUAACUGAGCGCUUCUGUGAGGCCACUGAGAAAAGAGACAUAACAUGGCCUCAGACUCAGAGGGGCAUGCUCGUGGAGAGACCUUGCCCCAGGGGAACACGAGGCACUGCCUCUUAUUUAUGUGUCCUUUCCACUGGGGCCUGGAACCCGAAGGGCCCUGAUCUCAGCAACUGUACCUCCCACUGGGUCAACCAAGUCGCCCAGAAGAUCCGAAGCGGUGAAAAUGCAGCUAACUUGGCCAACGAGUUAGCCAAACACACUAAAGGACCCAUCUUUGCCGGGGACGUCAGCUCCUCGGUGCGCCUGAUGGAGCAGCUGGUGGACAUCCUGGAUGCUCAGCUGCAGGAGCUCAGACCCAGCGAGAAGGAUUCCGCAGGGCGGAGCUUCAACAAGCUUCAAAAGCGAGAAAGGACAUGCAGGGCAUAUAUGAAGGCCAUUGUGGACACGGUGGAUAACCUUCUGCGACCAGAGGCGUUGAAGUCUUGGCAAGACAUGAACAGCACAGAGCAAACGCACGCGGCCACCAUGUUACUAGAUACUUUGGAGGAAGGGGCCUUUGUCCUCGCUGACAACCUCAUGGAACCAGCCUUCGUCAAAGUUCCUGCAGACAAUAUAAUCCUCGACGUGUAUGUACUCAGCACAGAUGGCCAGGUUCAGGAUUUUAAAUUUCCACAAUCCAGCAAGGGUGGUGUUUCUAUUCAACUAUCGGCCAACACUGUCAAGCUCAACAGUCGAAAUGGAGUUGCCAAGCUGGUUUUUGUGCUCUACAAAAACUUGGGCCAGUUUCUCAGUACUGAAAAUGCCACCAUCAAGAUGGCCAACGAAGCUUAUGGCCGCAACGUGUCGGUGGCUGUCAACUCUGAUGUCAUUGCUGCUUCAAUCAACAAAGAGUCCAGCCGUGUAUUCAUUAAUGAUCCCGUGAUUUUUACCCUGGAGCACAUUGAUAUGGAGCACUACUUCAACUCCAAUUGCUCCUUCUGGAAUUACUCUGAGAGGAGUAUGAUGGGAUACUGGUCCACCCAAGGCUGCAAACUCCUGGACUCCAAUAAGACGCAUACCACCUGCUCCUGUAGCCACCUCACCAACUUUGCCAUCCUCAUGGCGCACCAUGAAAUCUCAGUUAAUGACAGAGUGCACGAGCUGCUUCUGACUGUCAUCACUCGCGUCGGGAUCGUGGUGUCCCUCGUCUGCCUCACGAUCAGCAUCUUUACCUUUUGCUUCUUCCGGGGCCUGCAGAGCGAUCGCAACACCAUCCACAAGAACUUGUGCAUUAAUCUCUUCAUUGCCGAGUUAAUAUUCCUAAUUGGUAUCGAUAUGACGGAACCCAGGAUUGGAUGUGCCAUCAUUGCUGGGAUCCUUCACUUCUUCUUCCUGGCCUCCUUCUCCUGGAUGUGUCUUGAGGGCGUCCAGCUGUACCUCAUGCUUGUGGAGGUCUUUGAGAGUGAAUACUCACGGAAAAAGUACUACUAUGUGUCUGGUUACCUCUUCCCUGCCAUCGUGGUCGGUGUCUCUGCGGCUAUUGAUUACAGGAGUUAUGGAACCAAGAAAGCGUGCUGGCUAAGUGUGGAUAAUCAUUUCAUAUGGAGCUUUAUAGGACCUGUCACCUUUAUCAUCAUGCUCAAUCUCAUCUUCCUGAUCAUCACAAUGUACAAAAUGGUGAAACACUCGACCACCCUGAAGCCAGACUCUAGCCGACUGGAGAAUAUAAAUAAUUAUCGCGUUUGUGAUGGCUACUAUAAUACAGAUUUGCCUGGCUAUGAAGAUAAUAAACGGUUUAUCAAAUCCUGGGUCAUGGGCGCCUUCGCUCUGCUGUGUCUGCUGGGUCUGACGUGGUCCUUUGGUCUCUUCUUCAUCAAUGAGGCCUCUAUUGUCAUGGCGUACCUCUUCACUAUAUUCAACGCUUUCCAAGGAUUGUUUAUCUUCAUCUUCCAUUGCCUUCUCCAGAAAAAAGUCCGUAAAGAGUACAGUAAGUGUUUCCGCCACACAUACUGCUGCGGAGGGCUGCCAACUGAGAGUUCACACGGUUCUGUAAAGACUUCCACCACACGGACCAGCGCACGCUACUCCUCUGGUACACAGAGUCGUAUCAGGAGAAUGUGGAAUGACACCGUAAGAAAGCAAUCUGAGUCCUCCUUUAUCUCAGGUGACAUCAACAGCACCUCCACCCUUAACCAAGGAAUGACCGGGAAUUAUCUACUAACAAAUCCUCUUCUUCGACCACAAGGCAGUAACAACCCUUAUAACACCUUACUGGCUGAGACAGUCGUAUGUAACACCCCCACGGCUCCAGUGUUUAACUCGCCAGUGACCUACAGAGAGACAAGGCACUCACUGAACAGUGCAGUGAGGGAUACAAGUGCAAUGGAUACUCUACCGCUAAAUGGUAACUUUAAUAAUAGCUACUCGCUUCGCAAUGGGGACUUUGGCGACAGUGUUCAGGUAGUAGACUGCGGCCUCAGUCUGGACGAUGCUGCCUUCGAGAAAAUGAUCAUCUCCGAGCUAGUACAGAACAACCUGCGUGCCUGUAACAAAAGCCACCAACAGCAGCAGCACCCCAGUUUACAUCAUCCACCCCAUCACCAGCCGCCCCCGCAGUACCACCAUCACCACCACACGGAGCGGGCUCCGCCGAAGGUGACGGUGGUAGGCGGCAGCAGCGGUGACGACGACGUUAUCAUAACUGACGCUUCAUCUUUGGUGCACGUGGGUGACACCGUGGGUCUUGAGCUGCACCAUCAGCAGGAGCUGGAGGCGCCACUCAUUCCCCAGCGGACUCACUCCCUUCUGUAUGCACCCCAGAAGAAGGUGAGGACCGACAGGGGAGAUGAUACCUUUGUCAGCCAGCUGACACCCACCAACCCUGAUGAUAGUCUGCAGUCCUCUAACAGAGACUCUGUGUACACUAGUAUGCCUAAUAUUAGUGACUCUCCGUGCCUCGAGAGCAGUCCAGAUGUAGUGGAGGACCGGUCCCCCUCCAAGACAAGCGAGAACGAGGAUGUUUACUACAAGAGCAUGCCUAACUUAGGGGAUGGCCAGCAGCUCCAAGCCUAUUACCAGAUAGGCAAAGGGAGCAGCGAUGGUUACAUUAUUCCUAGUACUAAAGAGGUUUGCAUCCCUGAAGGCGAUGUACGGGAAGGACAGAUGCAGUUAGUGACAAGCCUUUAAAUGUAUUUAUAUCGCCCCAAAACUCUUCCUACCCUUUUGCAUUGCUGACCUUUUGGAGAACACACUCAUGAAGGGAAGGGAAGUUUUUUUUUUGUUGUUGUUUUUAUCUUUGAAGAGAGCAUAGAAGCCCCGUCAUACACGUGAGGUAUUUACAAUCCUCCUCUCCAAUCUGCAUUGCCGUUUCCUUUCCCCCCCCAAACAUGCCAAUCUUUACUACCUUCCCUGCAGACCAACAGACUUGGUGCACAACAAUGGUAGUGCAAAGGUUUAAUGAGACUGUACAUAAAAUACAGAGUCAAAUUUUGAUUUUAAGAGCCAAGCCAACUAUGUAUUUAAAUGUGCUGCUGCUGUUGAAUAAUUGAGAAAAAUUUAAGAUAUGAAAACAAAAAGACAAAAAAAAAGUGAAACAUUACUGGCUACGUCAAUCAGCAAUGUCCCGGUCAAAAGGUUGUACAUACACUCUCCAUCAUCCUCGUUGAAGCCUGAAUUUUUUUUUUUUUUUUUUUAAUUAUAAACAGAACAACACCCCUGG